UUCAGCAUGGAGCUGAAGAGGUCCAUCUCGGCCAGCAUGGAGGCGGAGAAGCCUCUGAGACGCUACGGGGCAGUGGACGAGACAGACUGGAAGGCGGACGGGCUGGGGAGAAAUCAACUUGACAUCAUUUCAAUGGCUGAAAACACCAUGAUGCCUGACGAAAUCGAACUGGAAAUGGCCAAGAUCCAGAGGCUUCGGGAAGUAUUAGUCAGAAGAGAGUCCGAACUCCGGUUCAUGAUGGAUGACGUCCAACUGUGCAAGGACAUCAUGAAUCUUAAGAAAGAGCUGCAGAACUUAGUCGCAACUCCAGAAAAAGACAAGACGAAGCAGCAAAAGCAGCGAGAGGACGAACUCAUCCAGAAGAUCCAUAAACUGGUCCAAAAAAGAGAUUUCCUGGUGGAUGAUGCUGAAGUGGAGAGAUUAAGAGAAAAAGAAGAAGACAAAGAAAUGGCCGAGUUUCUCCGUAUCAAGUUGAAACCCUUAGACAAAGUGACAAGGUCUCCAACUGGUACGCCAGCAGAGAAGAAGGCAGAACCGCCUCCUCCUCCUCCUCCUCCAAACAAGCCCACCAUCGCGAAAACGGGAAUGGCGAUUAUUAAAGAUUGCUGCGGGGCCACCCAAUGCGCUAUCAUGUAG